AUGUCUGAUUUAAAGGGAAAUAAGAAGAGAUUAACAAUCAACCUCUCUUUCUUCGAUAACCCAUUAAAAUUAACUACCAAAUCUCCAAAGAACUUAAAGCCAAACAGUGUUGUAGGGCUCGGAAUUGUUGCCGCUAUGAACGAAUUGGAUCAAACCCCCGAUCCAUUUUCCCCUGCUAAAUCUAACAGAAACACUGUUUUGGCGGUUUCACCGAGAUCCACCGCAAUACCGAUAGUGAACAUCAACAAUAAUAGCUCUGUUUCUGCUAAAUUUAGCGGUGUUGCUAAGUUUGGGGGAUCCAAAUUGGAGGAGGAAAUGGAGUUGUCUGAAGGGUAUACUUGUGUAAUUUCGCAUAUCGGGAACAAUCUGAUUACGAAGCGAGAAUACUUUGAUGGUGAUUUAGCUAAUGGGUCUGAGAGUAGCACUAGUUAUUGGAUGAGUUCUGGAGUGUUCUCUGCUUCUUCGCCGCCGAGUCAGGGCCACGAUGGACUCCGCGGCGACGCAGUAUCGGCCUUGACGGGGUUUCAGACAACAGAUUUUCUGAGUUCUUCCUAUCUCUGCAAGAAGAAGCUUCAUGGACUGGACAUUUUCAUGUACAGGGGGUCUGACUGA